AUGACGAAGCAGCUGAUGUGGUUCAGGAAAAAGAUCAGUGAUUUGGAGACAGACAAGAGGGAGCUGGUUGGUGUCUUUGGUAAAACUGGGGCUGGAAAGAGCUCUUUGAUAAAUGCCAUCAUCAAAGAGAAGAAUCUUUUACCCUCAGGAAGUGUCAAUGCCUGCACCUCAGUCAUGAUCAAAGUGGAAGCUAACACACGUAGCUCAAAGUAUGAAGCAGAAAUUGAGUUCAUCACAAAGGAGGAGUGGAAAGAUGAGUUGUGGUCAUUUUGUCAGUUUCUUGACAAUAAUGAAGAUCAGGACAAGAAAGACGAUGAUGAUUAUCGUGAUGCUGUUGAAAAGCUGUCAGCACUUUAUGGAGAAGAAUGGAAAGAGAAGUCCUCUGAAAACCUCAUGGAGAACAAAUAUUUCAAAGAAAUUCCAGAAUUUCUCCAAUCCAGGCGAAAGAUUUUGAGAUGUGAAUCAAUAGUUGGAGAUUGUUCUACUGUGUGGAUUGUGACUGACAUUAAUCGAGCAACAUCAGAGAAAGAGGCCUGGGAGAUCCUGGAAAGUGUCAGUAGUCUGAUUGGAAAUGGUGGCGAAUGUCAGCAAAUUCACUUUAUUUGCACCAAGUCGGAUCUUCUUGAUGAUUCUGAUGAUCUUUCACGAGCUCAUAUCCAUGAUCGAAUAGUAAUGAGAAACCUGCAAGCCAAGGAUGGAGUAAGGAAAGAAUUCAACAAGCGAAGCAAGAUUAAUAAACACUUCACUGACGGCAGUUUCAAAGUGUUCACAGUGAGCUCCAAAGAGUUCCUAAAAGGGAAACAUCUAAGUCCAGAAGAAACUGAAAUACCCAAACUUCAGGGAUUUUUGCAAGAGCUCAAUGACUGUCACUCUGAGAUAGUAAACUAUGUGAGUGGAGCUUAUGGGAUUCUUGCUUUGAUUCAAGGAGCCAACUCCAGAGGAGUGGAUGAUAAAAAAGGUGAGGUGUGUUCAGAACUUGAGAGACACAUGAUCCUUCAACUAGCAAAUAUCAACAAAGAAAUGGAAGAGACCAUUACAGCCUUUGAAAAAUGUCUUAAUGAUGGCGUUGAGAAAUCCAAACGUUCAUACGGAGAAAAACUCAAGAACUUCUUGAAUCGUGGAAAGAAGGGUGGUUUUCACAUGGUACUGAAGUGUGUUGUUAAGAAUGGUGGCAUCCACAAACCAAAGAAUGGGACCCUAAUUAACCUUAACAUGAAGUUGGCUUCAUGUCUGACCGACAGCAUUGAUGAAAAAUUCAGAAAGACCUUCCCAAAUGACUCAGAAUGUGGAGCAUUCAAUGGAGUCAUCAAGACAUUUUCACUUAACACUGAUUCUCUGAUUGAAAAGUACAAAAAUACUGAACUGCAGCUCAGAUUUCUCAAGACAGAGGAAGAAAAAAUUAAGGCAAAACUGAACAGAAUGAUCCGGGAACAGAAGAAAAAAGUCUACAGCAGUCUGACAGAGACAAUUGAGAACAUUAUGGAAGAAGGCUACAAGAAGGCUGCAGAAUUUAGAGGAGAAGGCAUGCUGUACAACAUGAGGGAGACUAUUAAGAACCAUGUGCACUCAAAAAAGGACAUGUUUGAGCAGGCAAAAAAUACCAUGUUGGAGAAGUUACGCAGUUUAAGGAGAGACAUCCUUGAGAUUCUGGAGACUACUAUGAAGGAAUCCUUUGAAUGUUCAUUCAAGACUGAUGGGAGCUUACUCCCAGAUGUUUCAACAGAGCUUGAUAUGGUGAAGAAACGUUAUGAUGAACUUCCAGGCACUCCAGAUGAUGAAGUGUCCCUUACUGGGUAA